AUGCUUCGACGACCGGCUACGAGUCGGAUGUUCUCAGCAUCAGCGACGCCGCGGGGCUUUUUCAAGCAGCUGCUUGGACUGGACUCGCCUGUGGACCCCAACCAGCCCACGGUCGAGAACCGCUUCACCAUGCUGGACCAAUCACCGUACGAUGAUCUGCGCAAGCGGGCCGCUUUCAUCAAGUCUCGCGCCCGCUGCCCCGUCACUGGGCGCCCCGUCAAUUUCACCUGCCCUCUUUCCGGCAUUCCUACCCACGCAGACCGUGCGGCCUGGGAGGCGGACACAGAGUACCACAAAUCCGAGCGGUGGAAGCUGCUGAAAAUGGCCAACUGCUUUGAGCAGGAUCUGCGCUCGGGGCGUGAGUUUCCGGAGCUCGAGUUCCCCGGCCGCGCCGACGACGACCAGAUCACCAACUUUUUGGACUGGUAUACGUUUUUCUACACCCGCAAUUUUUAUUCCAUGGAGAACGAGUUCAACAUGGCGGUAGUUACGAAAAUGCUCACCUAUCCUAUCACUAUGGCGGCCAUCCUUGACGAGUACUCGCCGUACCAGCUCAACCCCAAGGGCCCACUGACCCUGGAAGGUCUGAAAAGUGCAGCGGCCCUGCGCUACACCAUGUUCCCGCAGGACCGGACCAAGGCAUGGCAGGAUCGCCCCAUGCGGUUCUUUAUUCUGGGCGCUCGCAUGGAAUCCCAGCUGCCGUGGCACGCAUGGAUGCAAUUAUCCUUCCUCAUGCCGCACACCAAGUUUGAUCUCGUCUUUGUCGGCCCAGAGGCCUACUACGAUCGCCGCAAGCAAUCGUACCUGUCGUUCGAAGACAAACAUGUUGAACGGGUCGACGAUCAACUGAAGCUGAUCUACUACACCGACUACUUCCACGUGCUCAACGACGCCCAAGACUUUAUGCCCUACGACCCGUACCUGGAUGCUUUCUUCCUGUUCCACCCCGGCCUGGGCGCUCCCGAGGCCAUGGACCAGUGGCAGAAGAGCAUGCCCGGGCUGCUGGAGACCAAGUGUCCUAUCUACGUCACUGGCUUCCACGAGCAGGAUUCCCGGCAGGAUUGGGACUGGCUGCACCGCAACUACGAGGGCCAGUUCGACGCGCUUAUUGAGCCGACCAAAAACAUUUUCCAUUCAACAAAAUGGGAGUUCAACGACCUGAACCCACAGGAGCUGUUCCAGCUCAACCAGCAGCUCUUCGCCAUCCGUGGCAAGCGCUAUUAUGUGUCAUAUAACUAG